CGUCACAUAAAAUGGACGGCGCACGCGUAAAGGGGUCCUCCGCGUUGCGACUCGGCUCUUAAAAGGGUAAAAGAGUGGUUCUCGAGGUGCCGCGAAUCUUCGAACGCAAGCGAGUUAUUCCAUACAGACUUUGAAGAGCAUUCGAGGGACGCGCCUACACCCGCCCUCGCAGUUUCCAGCGCGCCGUGCUUGUCCCGCCCGUGGACCGGCGCCAUAUGUACCAUGGCCCUCGUGUCGGCUGAUUCCCGAAUCGCAGAACUUCUCACCGAGCUCCAUCAGCUGAUCAAACAAACGCAGUGCAGUGUUCUACAUGCCAGCAUCACAGCAUUUGACGGCUGUAGCUUUGUCAUAAAAUUGGAAAUCAGGAAAUGUGAGUCCUCCAAUGUUUUUGUUUUCCUCUUUCAAGAUUGUCACAACUUAGUGAACAUCCAGAAGACCCACGAGCGGAUGCAGACAGAGAACAAGAUCUCUCCCUAUUACCGGACAAAGCUGCGUGGCCUUUAUACAACCGCCAAAGCCGACGCAGAGGCCGAGUGCAACAUCCUCCGGAAAGCCCUCGAUAAGAUUGCGGAAAUCAAGUCUCUGUUGGAAGAGAGGCGGAUCGCGGCCAAGAUCGCGGGCCUGUACAAUGACUCUGAGGCCCCGCGGAAGACCAUGCGUCGGGGGGUGCUGAUGACCCUGCUGCAGCAGUCAGCCAUGACCCUGCCGCUGUGGAUCGGGAAGCCUGGUGACAAGCCGCCCCCACUCCGCUGGGGGGCCAUUCCGGCCUCUGGGGACUACGUGGCCAAACCUGGAGACAAGGUGGCUGCCCGGGUCAAGGCCGUGGAUGGGGAUGAGCAGUGGAUCCUGGCUGAGGUGGUCAGUUACAGCCAUGCCACCAACAAGUAUGAGGUGGAUGACAUUGAUGAGGAAGGCAAAGAGAGACACACCCUGAGCCGGCGGCGCAUCAUCCCACUGCCCCAGUGGAAGGCCAACCCUGAGACGGACCCCGAAGCCUUAUUCCAGAAGGAGCAGCUCGUGCUGGCCCUGUAUCCCCAGACCACCUGCUUCUACCGUGCCCUGAUCCACACCCCCCCACAACGGCCCCAGGAUGACUAUUCUGUCCUGUUUGAAGACACGUCCUAUGCAGAUGGCUACUCCCCUCCCCUCAAUGUGGCCCAGAGGUACGUGGUGGCUUGUAAGGAGCCCAAGAAAAAGUGAUGCGGGCUGGCAGUCUCCUGUCGCCUCACGGGGGCAUGCAACAAGACAUUAUGUGAAGAAAUAAAUGUUCUUCCCCUUU